AUGGAAGGACAUGAUAGUUGGAAUGCUGUGGAGUGCCUCAGAGGGAGAUUACUUGCAGAGAGACAGGCUUCAAGGGUUGCCAACGAACAAGCAGAAUCAAUGUGCAACAAGCAGUUUAAUGAGCUGGAAAAGAUGCUUAAAGAAGAGAUAAAACUAAGAGACAAAGCAGAAAGAAAGCUUAAGCUUUUAAAGAAGAAGCUUGAAUGUUUCACCCCAUCAUGGCAAAAACGUCAUGCGGGUGAGAAAUGUGAACAUUUUUGUGGAUCAUCUUUAUGUAGUGCGGCUUGCACUUCUAGAGAUUCAGAAGCAAAUGAGACAAAAGCUCAUACAGUUAAUCCAGCUUUGUUAGAAAAUGAAGUCCACAACCACAAUGUGGCACAAGAACAUGUACUUGUUCAGACUCACAACAGUCCAUUUACUACCAAAGAUUGUGAUUCUCUGUUAAGUGAUGAUACUUCAAGUUGUGAUUCAGACCUAUGCAAGACUCCAAAUCAGAGCCCUGAUAAUUUGAAGAAGGAAGAAAACAGGCUUUCAGUUUCAAGCUCAAAAUCGAGCCCUGUUCAAGCUCCACCCGAAAUUAUUAGUCAUAAUCCGAAUCCAAGAUAA